AUGGCUGUAUUUUCAGGUGCAGAAUGUCUUGCCAAAUCCCAGCUCCUUGAUACCCAGUUUUGCAGACAUUUUCUGACUAUCGAGAAGUUUAAAAUGCCACAAAAGCACAAGGUUGUCCUAAUUGGAUCUGGUAACUGGGGCUCCACGGUUGGGAAGAUUUUAGCCGAAAACACGAGAGAGCAUCCUGAUGUCUUUGAAGAGGAUGUCACGAUGUGGGUGUUUGAGGAAGACGUCGAUGUACCUGAUCAUGGAACGCUUCGAGAUCAACUGGGCGAUAAGCCCGUGAAGAUCACGCACGCCAUCAAUACAACACAUCAGAAUUUCAAAUAUCUCCCUGGCAUCACCCUCCCCGACAAUCUGAUUGCGAAUUCCGACAUCCAGGACACAGUUAGAGGAGCAUCUAUCCUUGUCUUCAAUCUUCCGCAUCAAUUUAUAUCGAGGAUACUAGAUCAAAUCAAUGGCCAUCAUCUCCCUUAUGCUCGAGCUAUCUCGUGUAUUAAGGGAGUCGAUGUCUCGGAUGGAACUGUGACGCUCUACUCCGAGUUGAUCAUGGAGAAAUUGGGAAUAUACUGCGGCUCUCUAUCGGGUGCUAACAUCGCAUCUGAGGUAGCUGCUGAGACGCUGUGUGAAACCACUGUUGGAUAUGAUGGCCCUCCAAUGGAUUACAAGCACUUGGAUGGCUCAUCUACAGACAACUUGAUCAAAGUGGACGAACAGCGACAGAUAAAAUCCAAACCCAGCCACAUUAAGCUGCAUCCAGUCCCUCAGUCUUAUUCGCAUGUUGAUUCCCGCCUUUUGAACCUCCUUUUUGGUCGUCCAUAUCUGUAUGUUCAUGUUGUGCGGGAUGUUGCUGGUGUAGCACUUGCUGGUGCUUUGAAAAAUAUUGUUGCGCUAGCCGUUGGCUUCGUUACAGGAAAGGGUUGGGGUGAAAACACAAAGGCAGCCGUGAUGCGAAUUGGUAUUCUUGAAAUGGUGAAAUUUGGCCGCCUUUGGUUCCCUCAAUCCGUAAAUGAAAGGACAUUCACAGAAGAGAGUGCUGGGGUAGCGGAUCUGAUCACGUCGGCUAGCGCAGGGAGGAAUUCUCGGUCUGCAUGUCACGCUGUACAAAAGCAUGUCACUGUCGAUGAAAUUGAGAGGACGGAAUUAGGGGGUCAGAAACUACAGGGAACGUCCACUGCCCGCGCAGUUUGUGCGUUUCUUGGAGAACAGGGAAAGCUCGAACAAUUCCCCCUGUUUGUCUUUGUAUACAAUAUCCUGGAGGGGCACAUGACAAUAGAGGCUCUCCCAGACCUUUUAAGAACGAGGACAAAGACUGAGGCAUAA